CUGCCUGCUCCCUUUUUGAGCAGCUAAUUUUGCAAAGUCGGCCCAACUGAAGAAAGAAGCUUUAUAAAUGGUUCCUGACAUCAUGAAUAUUUCUGGGUUCCUGCCCAUUCUAGUCUGUGGACUUAUGCUGCUUCAGGAAUGCUCCUGUUGGACAUACCACACGUCAAACUACAAUAUGAACUAUACAGAGGCAGAAAAAUGGUGUAAAGCCAAUUUUACGAACCUGGUUGCUAUUCAAACCCAGGAAGAAAUUAAAUACUUGAAUGCUACCCUUGAUAAAAAUGCAAAUCAUUACUGGAUUGGGUUGAGAAAAAUUAACAACGAGUGGAGAUGGGUAGGGACAAACAAGCCGCUGAGCAAAAGGGCUGAAAACUGGGCUAAAGGUGAACCAAAUGGCAAAAAACUCAAUGAGGACUGCGUCGAAAUCUACAUAAAACGAGUGAAAGAUUCGGGAAAUUGGAACGACGAACGUUGUAGUAAAAAGAAAGCAGCCUUGUGCUACACAGCCUCCUGUAAACCAGAUUCCUGUAGUGGCCAUGGAGAGUGUGUAGAGACCAUUAAUAAUUUCACCUGCAACUGUGAUAUUGGAUUCUAUGGACGUGACUGUGAAUAUGUGACGAUUUGUGAGCCUCCGAGAGAACCAGAUCAUGGGACCUUAGAGUGCAACAAGCCAGAGAAGGAUUUUGUCUACAACUCAUCUUGCAGAGUCCAAUGUAUGGAAGGUUACAAACCAACUGGGGAAGAACCAGUAUGGUGCACGUCUUCUGGAACAUGGUCUGCACCCACCCCUAUGUGUAAAGCUGUGAAAUGUGAUGUGGUGCCUCAGCCUGAAAACGGGUUUGUGAAUUGUCCGCACACUGAUGCAGGACUGGUCUUCAACUCAACCUGUCAGUUCAGUUGUGAGGAGGGCUACACCUUGAGAGGAUCAUCCCAAAUCCAGUGUUCCCCACAGGGACACUGGUCAGCACCGAUCCCCCAUUGUGAAGCGGUGAAAUGUGAAGUGAUACCUCAGCUUAAGAGAGGGUUUGUGAACUGUUCCAACAGUGAUACUGGACUGGUCUUCAAUUCAACCUGUCAGUUCAGUUGUGAGGAGGGCUACACCUUGAGAGGAUCGUCCCAAAUCCAAUGCUCCUCACAGGGACACUGGUCAGCACCGAUUCCUCAUUGUGAAGUGAUGAAAUGUGAAAUGGUACCUCAGCCUGAAAGAGGGUUUGUGAAUUGUUCCCACAUGGACACAGAAAUAGUCUUCAACUCAACCUGUCAGUUCAGUUGUGAGGAGGGCUACACCUUGAAAGGAUCCUCCCAAAUCCAGUGUUCCUCCCAGGGACACUGGUCAGCACCGAUUCCCCAGUGUAAAGCAUUGAAAUGUGAUGCGGUACAACAGCCUGAGAGAGGGUUUGUCAACUGUUCCCACACUGAUACAGAACUGGUCUUCAACUCAACCUGUCAGUUCAGUUGUGAGGAGGGCUACACCUUGCGAGGAUCAUCCCAAAUCCAGUGCUCCUCACAGGGACACUGGUCAGCACCAAUUCCUCAGUGUGAAGUUGCCAAGUGCAAAAGACUGACAGCUCCGGAGAAGGGCUUUUUGAAUUGUUCACACUCAGAUUUUGCCAACAGCACGCUUUGCGAGAUCAGCUGUAUGGAUGGAUGGGUGUUGAAUGGUUCCCAUGCACUCCAGUGUCUAGCUUCAGGAAUAUGGACAGCAGAGCUUCCAACCUGUGAAGCUGCUCAUUCUCAGUGGGAUGUUGUGAGUUACUUAUCUGUUGUGACAACAGCUACUGGAGUCUCCGUCUUGUCAUUAGGAACGCUUCUUGUUUGGCUCGUAAAGCGUGUUAGAAGGAAAGUAAAGAAAUUUAUUCCAGCCAGUAGCUACCACAGCCUUAUUUCAGAAGGCACUUUCCAAAAUUCUGCUCACUUGAUCUAA